GUAUAUACAUGACGUCACGUCUACAGUAAAAAAAAAUACAAGAAAUCUCAAAGGGAGCGUCUAUAACGUUAUUGGAAUCGAUUGUCUUGCUCAACGGUCAGGAAUGUCAGCUGCUAACGACAUCGGAGAUCGACUCACCCAGUUCAAAAACAAAGGGAAAGAUGCCAACGAGCUACGGCGCAGGAGAGCGGAAGUCAACGUGGAGCUCCGGAAAGCAAAGAAAGAUGAUCAGAUCCUGAAGAGGAGAAACGUCCAGAGCCUACUGGACGAGCCAACCUCUCCUCUCCAAGAGAAAGACCCCAACGCCCAGCCUCCUCAGCACUGGUCUGUGGAGGAGAUUGUAGGUGGUGUUAACAGCCAGACUCUGGAUCAUCAGCUGCAGGCCACGCAGGCAGCCAGGAGGCUCCUCUCUAGAGAAAAGCACCCACCCAUUGACAGCAUUAUUGCUGCCGGCCUCAUCAAAAAGUUUGUUAGUUUUCUGGCAUGGUCUGAAUGCCCCCCCAUCCAGUUUGAGGCAGCUUGGGCCCUGACAAACAUCGCCUCAGGUACCUCAGACCAGACCACUGCCGUAGUGGAAGGAGGGGCUAUUCCGGCCUUUAUCAGCCUGGUGACAUCACCCCACCCGCACAUCAGCGAGCAGGCCAUUUGGGCCCUGGGUAACAUCGCAGGUGAUGGAUCCAACUACAGAGACCUAGUGAUCAAACAUGGUGGUCUCCAGCCACUCCUAGCCUUGCUGGCAGCUCCUGACCUGUCUGUGUUUCCUUCUGGCUACCUACGCAACGUCACCUGGACGCUGUCCAAUUUGUGUCGGAACAAGAACCCAGCACCUCCUUUGACGGCAGUGGAGCAGCUGCUUCCAGCUCUAGUGCGCCUCCUGCACCACCAUGACAGGGAGAUUCUGGCUGACACCUGUUGGGCCGUGUCCUACCUGACAGAUGGCUCCAAUGAGAGGAUAGAGGUGGUGGUGCAGGCCGGCCUGGUGCCCCGAUUGGUACAGCUGCUAGGCUGUGAGGAGCUCCCCAUUGUGACUCCAGCCCUGCGCUCACUGGGCAACAUUGUGACUGGGACAGAUGAGCAGACCCAGUGUGUGCUGAAUGCAGGUGCCCUGGUGAUGUUCACAAGACUGCUGUGCCACGACAAGCCCAAUAUCCAGAAAGAGGCAGCCUGGGCGGUGUCCAAUAUCACUGCUGGCAAGGAUACCCAGAUCCAAGAGGUGAUCAACGCAGGCCUGAUCCCCAUCCUGGUGGAGGUCCUCAAACAGGGAGACUACAAGACCCAGAAGGAGGCAGUGUGGGCUGUCACCAAUUAUACCAGUGGUGGAACGUUGGCGCAAGUGGCCUACCUAGUCCAGUGCAAUGUGCUGGAGCCUCUGCUCAACCUGCUGACAGCCAAAGACAGCAAAAUCCUCUUGGUCAUCCUGGAUGCAAUCUACAAUAUUUUACAGAUGACUUGCAAAACUGGUGAGAUUGAUAAACUGUGCCUAAUGAUUGAGGAGUUGGGUGGUUUGGACAAGAUUGAGGCAUUGCAGUCCCAUGACAACGAAGCUGUCUACAAGUCCUCUCUCAACAUCAUAGACCGCUUCUUCUCUGAAGAGAAUGAGGAUGAGUCUGUGGUUCCUGAAGCCACUGAAGAGUCCUACACCUUUGAGAUCCCUGAGGACCAAAGCACUUUCCAGUUUUAACAUUUCCAGCUUACUUUUUGUAACAUAAAAAAAGAAAAUUCGUACCUUGUUGAUAUUUUUGUAUUUUUUUUUUUAGACAUGUCAUCCUUGUACAAAACAGUACAAAGACAAAAUACUCCAGUUUUACAGAAAUAUUUGUAAAUAAAUGUUAUUCAUGCAUCA